AUGGAAGUGGUCAUGUCAGAAAGAAGGACCAUUCUUUUAGCUAUUACUUUGAACCUUAACAGAUUUGAAUUCUUCCAUAAAAUAUCUUCUUUUAACAAGAUCGUUAAAAUCAUGGCUUAUGUUAUUCGAUUUUUUAAGAAUAUGAAAGAAAAUCCUAAUAAAAGGAGAAAAGGAAAAUUGGAUAUAGAAGAAAUUAAAACAUCAGAGAAAUUUAUCUUUAAGGAAACACAGAGAGAAGCUUUUUCUGAAAAAGAAAAGUUGAACUUGCGAACUGUGAAAGACAGUGAAGGUCUGUUACGAAUAGAAACUAGAAUUGCAUCUAGAAAGUAUUUAGAGACAUUCAUAUUCUCAGUAUUGCUGCCACACAAGCAUCAGAUGAUUGAAAAAUUAAUAAUGAGCAAACACGUUCAGUUAGAGCAUGCAGGUGCUCAGGCUCCGAUGUCCUGCAUCAGAGAAUCUUUUUGGAUAAUUAAGAGUAGAAAGACAGUGCCAGGAGUGAUAAGAAAGUGCACAAAAUUUUCAGCUCGCAUUCCUCUUCCAGAAGAUAAAGUCAGAGAUACUGCUGUAUUUGAAGACACAAGUAUCGACCUCUGUGGACCACUAUUUCUAAAGAAUGAAAAAUGCUGUAUAGUAAGUACUUGCCACAUGUGCUGUUUACCGAACUGUACAUUUAGAGCUAGUGUCAUCUUUGUCUAUUUAUUGCGAGAAGACGCCCAUUUCAUUGUGUAUUCAGGCAAUGGAAAUAAUCUUGUUGAAACAGCCAGUUUUCUAAUAAACAUUGAUUGGGAAAAGAUCUCAACUUUUGCUUUAGAAAAAAGGAUUUCCUGGAAAAUCAAUUCUCCAGCUACCCCCUGGUGGGGAGGCUUCUGGGAAAGAUUGAUAGGAUUAUUGAAGAGUAUUCUGUGGAAAGUUCUGGAGAGAGCUAGUUUGAAGAAUUAG